AAGCAAAUGAAAAAAAAAAAAAAAUUCGUAUCUUGGAGGUUGAAGCUUUAAAGUUUCAUUCAUUAGUCGUGUCCUACCUCCAAUUUAUAAAGAGGUCCUCACAUUUACUUGACCUUUUAGUAGCCAAGCAUAUCUAACCUAUAAUGGAGAAAGUAGAAGAGAAAGGCCCUGCAGGUGGGAGAGAAGAUUAUACAGAAGAUGGGACUGUGGACCUCAAGGGCAGACCAGUCUUGAGAUCAAAGACUGGGAGAUGGAGAGCUUGUUCCUUCAUUGUUGGAUAUGAGAUCUUCGAGAGGAUGGCAUACUAUGGGAUAGCAUCGAAUCUAGUUCUGUAUUUGACAAGGAAGCUCCAUGAAGGGACUGUAACAUCUUCAAAUGAUGUCACCAACUGGGUUGGUACUGUGUGGAUGUUACCCAUUUUAGGUGCUUAUAUUGCAGAUGCUCAUCUUGGCCGAUUCUGGACUUUCGUCAUUGCUUCUGCGAUUUAUCUUUCGGGAAUGAUCCUGUUAACCCUAGCAGUGUCGGUGCCGUCACUAAGGCCUCCAUCAUGUGGCCCCGGCAUCAAAGAAGAGGACUGUGACCAUAAGGCCUCAGCCCUCCAAAAGGGCGUAUUCUAUGCCGCACUGUACAUAAUUGCAGCCGGCACUGGUGGAACUAAGCCUAACAUCUCCACGAUGGGAGCAGACCAAUUCGAUGAUUUCGAACCCAAAGAAAGGAUCCAGAAGUUAUCAUUCUUUAAUUGGUGGAUGUUCAGCAUUUUCUUUGGCACCCUCUUCUCUAACACUUUCUUGGUGUACAUACAAGACAAUGUGGGUUGGGCCCUUGGCUAUGCCCUUCCAACAGUGGGUCUAGCUGUCUCAAUAAUUGUGUUUUUGGUGGGCACUCCAUUCUACAGACACAAAUUGCCCUCUGGAAGUCCAUUCACUAGGAUGGUUCAAGUACUUGUAGCCGCCUUGAGGAAGCAGAAUGUGCCUCUGCCAAAUGACCCAAAAGAGCUCCAUGAGCUUAGCCUAGAGGAGUACUCAUCGAGUUCAGGGAAAUUCAGAAUUGACCACACCCCCUCAUUAAGAUUGCUAGACAAAGCUGCUGUGAAGAAUGGUUCAAGCUCACCAUGGAUGCUAUGUCCAGUGACCCAAGUAGAAGAAACCAAGCAAAUGAUAAAAAUGCUUCCAGUUUUGUUCAUCACAUUCAUACCAAGCACCAUGUACGCUCAAGUACACACAUUGUUCAUCAAGCAAGGCACCACCUUAGAUAGAAGCAUGGGACCCCAUUUUGAAAUCCCACCAGCAUGCCUCACAGCAUUUGUGACGAUUUUCAUGCUCGUCAGCCUUGUCCUGUACGACAGAUACUUCGUUCCAGCCGUCAGGCAAUACACAAAAAAUCCAAGAGGAAUCUCAUUGCUGCAGAGAAUGGGACUUGGGUUUAUUUUGCAUGUGAUUAUAAUGAUCACAGCCUUCUUAGUUGAAAGGAGGAGACUAAUUGUUGCAAGGGAGAACAAAAUUGUCAAAAAGGAUGAUAUAGUUCCUCUUAGCAUUUUUAUUCUUCUCCCUCAGUUCGCUUUAAUGGGGGUUGCUGAUACUUUUGUGGAAGUUGCAAAGAUAGAGUUCUUCUAUGACCAAGCACCAGAAGGAAUGAAGAGCUUGGGGACCUCGUAUUUCACUAGUAGCUUGGGAAUUGGGAAUUUUCUCAGUAGUUUUCUUCUCAAAACAGUUGCUGAUAUCACUAAGAAGCAUGGCCAUAAAGGGUGGAUUUUGGAUAAUCUGAACAUCUCUCACUUAGACUACUAUUAUGCAUUCUUGGCUGUGUUGAUGUUCCUCAACUUGCUAAUCUUCUUGGUUGUGGCCAAGUUCUUUGUUUACAAUAUCGAUGUGGACUCCAAAAGGGAAUUACAGGAAGCCAUUGAAGCUUCACCGGAAAAGCUUCAUACCCAAGAUCACAAGGAAGACUUAAAGGCCGCACAAAAUUGAUAGGAGUUGAGACCCACUUGAUAUAUUUCUUGCUUCUUGAAAUCUUCAUACACCAAUGUAAUCUACAGAAAGAGGCAAGUGUACCAUUAUAAUAUUAAUGACAUUGGCAUAGUUCCCUUGUCUAUAAUUGAAAACAAGCUCCACCAUAGAUGGACCAUUAUUACU